AUGUCCAGUGCAAUCCAUCCCCAUCAGUCGAUACGAGGACUCUCAGACAAGAUGCCCUCUUUCACCCUCCUCAAGUUGCAGAUAGGCAUACGUCUCCUAGGGAAGAGAGUGAACGACGUUGCAAACGUGGGGCUCGUUCAGAAGCAUACGCAAUGUGUGUGUGGCGCCGCAGGGGAAAGGAACAAGGAUGAUGGACUAGAAAUAGAAGCACUAAAUAAGUUCAUCAGUAUGAACAGCAACGACGUCCAGCCAGCCAAUCACAGCACACAGAGGCAAUUAAUGUAG